AUGUGGACUGUUGUCAUCACCUUCCUCGCAUUUUCUCCCAUUUAUGCAUACUUGUCGGUGCAACUGGUAGAGCUUGGUGAACGUGCAGAGAUUUACGUAGGGCCUGAUGUUGUAACUUGGAAGCGCAUAAGAGAUGAUAAUGAUGCUGAGGAGUUUGUCAAGUACUGUGAGCCAUACGAACGGGCACCCAUAUGCUACCGGUUUGUUGGCAAAAAUAACAUAUCAAGUAUUCCUGCGACAUAUGCCCACGUAAACAAAGAUGGCACUCUUGUUAUUGAAUCAGUUAAGGAGUCGGACAUUGGGCGAUACUCAUCGCCCGAUCAGACACCACAUGUGAGUGGUUUAUAA